AUGAUUGUUCGGCUGUCAGGCCCUCCGGUGUUGGCGUUGGAGGAUGUGUUGGCCUGGCUGUUCCCCAAGUGGCGACUCAAGACGCGAAUUGCCGAAUACGCGGCAGCCGUGCAGCGAGAUGAUGCCAAUUCUCAGGUUUUGGGUCACUCGAUGAGAUCUGGCCAAACAUUCAAAUUUGAUGAGCCCAAUAUUCUCGCAAGAGGUGACAAUCAUGUGAGCCGCGAAUUACUUGAAUCGUGGUUCACGGGCCUCAAAUCCAUAAAAAAUUGCAGCGAUUUGCCCAAUCUAUAUUCGGUGCUGAGACUCAAGUUGGCCCAAGGAAGUCGCCACUUGGGGAACGGACAGGCCACCACGUCAUCCCAGGCCAAAAACGGAAGGCCACAUGGCCGAGUAAUCCUCACGCGUGAUGAAAUUUCAGCAGGUCAGAGCCCGCAUACAGUUCAGCAAACUAUCAACAAACAAGAAGGAAAUUACCGUUAA